UUUAUUUAAGGUAAUGAGUAAUUAAGAGACAUAGACAUAAUAAUAUAAUCAAGGGGUUGUGUAGAAAAUCUGAUGCUUCCUGUUGUUGAUUUCACCCAGAUAGAUUUAAGGCCAGGGACAAAUUGCUGGUCAUCAGCAUGCAGAAACGUGAGGAAAGCUUUUGAAGAGCAUGGAUGUUUCAUAGUUGUGUAUGAUAAAGCUUCCAAUGAGCUUCGAAAUAGCGUAUUCAGUUCAAUGAAGGAGCUCUUUGAUCUUCCAACAGAGACAAAACUGAAAAACAUAUAUGAAGGGAAACCAUUGAAGGGAUAUGUUGGACAACACCCUAAGAUUCCUCUCCAUGAAAGCAUGGGUAUAGAUGAAGGAACUACACUUGAAGGAAUUCAAAAUUUUGCUACAAAAAUGUGGCCUAAUGGAAAUGAUAACUUCUGUGAAUAUAUGUUGAAAUAUGCAAAGGUAGUGGAAGAAUUGGAUGGGAUAGUAUCAAAAAUGAUAUUUGAAAGCUAUGGUGUGGUGAAGCAGUAUGAGGAAUACAUAGAGUCAACAAGCUAUCUCCUUAGGUUGUUGGCACACAAAGCACCUCAACAGGUGGAACCUGAACUUGGUUUUGUGGCACACACUGACAAGAGUUUCACAACUAUUCUUCAUCAGAAUCAUGUGAAUGGACUGAUGGUGGAGACAAAGGAUGGUAGUUGGAUUGAUGUUGAUUUCUCUUCACCAACUUCCUUUGUUGUCAUGGCUGGUGAUGCACUCAUGGCAUGGAGCAACGAUAGAAUAAAAUCUCCAAAUCACAAAGUUAUGAUGAAUGGUAAUGAAAAAAGAUACUCUCUUGGUCUGUUUGCCUUCUACAGAGGGAUACUUCAAGUGCCUCAAGAGCUAAUUGAUGAGGAGCAUCCUUUGCAAUAUAAGCCCUUUGAUCAUCUUGCAUUACUCAACUUUGGUUACAGUGUUAAUAUCAAAGCCUUUUGUGGCAUUGUUUAAAUCUAAACUCUAUGAUAUUUAUGUUUUUUGAAUAAAAAACUGUGUGAUAUAUGUAUCAGAGUUUAUUCAUUUUACCUUACAUUCCCUCGGCACACUGCUAUAACUUUUGUAAAAUAAAUUUGUUGAAAAACAAUUCGUGGGAUAGAACAA